GCUCAUCGGGCUCACUCCCAAAUCCCUCACUUGCGUUGACCGAAACCCUAGACCGUCGUCUCACGGCGACGAGGAGGGCGACUCGAAGGGCAGGGCGACGGUGCAGGGUCCCGGACUGCGCAGGUCGGUCGGCGACGCCGCAGGUCUCGGUCGGAUCUGGGUCCGCGUGGAGCAGCAGUGUAGGGUAACUGAUUGGUGUUAUCAUAGACAUCUUAGACACCCUGGUUGUCAGAUUUCAUUUCAAUGGGGAGUUCAUGUUGUCGGGAGGGCAGAAGAGUUACUGUGGCGGCCGUGAGGCAAUGUCAUUAAUAGAUCGAGAUAAGGUAUCUCUCCCAGAAAUUGUAGGUCAUCUUCGGGAUCAUACAAAGGUUUUGGAUGGAACAUUGCUGCAUUGGUUGUUCCCAGGGAAAGAUCUUAAUGUUGGCUUGAGGGCACUGUUGGAUGACACAGAUUGCAAGUAUAUGUCUGAUUGUAUUUGUGAAGGAGGUGUUGCUGAGAUUUAUGCUGAGGAACCUAUUGUAGUAGAUGUGUCAGAGGAUGAUGAAGGCCGUGACUAUGAGCUUGAGAUGGAAGAGGAGGGUAAAAAUGAUUCUGAAGAGGAUAGUCCUGCAGGCGAUGGUGCUGAAGUAGCUGAACAAGUCCAAGAAGUUGGCAUAGAUGCAACCAAUGGGGCUGAGCAAGGCCAAGAAGUUGGCAUUGAUGUAGGAAAUGGGGAUGAACAGGCUGUGGCUGACAAGAGGAUAGUUGUUUGGAGAGAGGAUAGUGAUGUGGACCCAACCUUGCCAAUCUUAACUGAGCCAAAUGAUGGGAGUGAUUCUGACAAUGAAUAUUUUCCAGGAGAUGAUGAGCCAUCUGAUGAUGAGGAGGAGGCUGCCAACAUAGACAAGCAGUACAAAGAGUUGAAGAAGAAGAUAAAGGCAGGGAAAAUAGCUGAUUUGGAUGACAUUGGUUUUGAGGGGUUGCAUUGUUUCCCAAAUGUGCAAGCUGGUGGUGAUGAAGGUGGUAAUGAGACACCAUAUGAAGACAGUGAUUCAGAACAAUCCAUAGAUGAGCUUGGCAGUGAUGGAGAGGUUACUACAAAAAAGAGCAAAUAUCCUAGGUACAAGAAGAAGGCAGGAGUGCCAACAUUUGAAUUAGGAACGAAAUUUAGCUGCGAGAAGUUGUUCAGGAAAGCAGUUACUGCUUAUGCUCUGAGUGAGAGGAAGGUGAUCAACUUUAUAAAAAGUGAUCCAAAGAGGGUUAGAGCAAAGUGUGACUGGCCUAGCUGUCCUUGGGUCUGUCUACUGUCCAAGACAUCAAGGUCACACAGUUGGCAGCUAGUUACCCUGGACAAUUUGCAUGCUUGCCCCCCUAGAAGAGACAAUAAGUUGGUGACCUCAAGAAGGAUUGCAGAGAAGUAUGAGAAAUUUAUUGUGGCUAACCCUGGUUGGAACCUGUCUCACAUGAAGGCAAUAGUGCAGGAGGAGAUGUUUGCUGAUGCAUCUAUCUCCAAGCUGAAAAGAGCAAAAGCCUUGGUGAUGCACAAAGUAAUGGAUGCAGCAAAGGGACAAUACCAGAAACUGUUCAAUUAUCAGUUGGAGCUACUUAGAAGCAAUCCAGGGAGCACUGUUGUAGUUAACAGAGAGGUGGGACUGGAUCCACCUGUAAUCAAGAGGAUAUACAUCUGCCUAGAUGCACUUAGGAAAGGGUUUAAGGCUGGAUGUAGGAAAGUAAUAGGACUGGAUGGAUGCUUUUUCAAGGGUGCAACUAAUGGUGAGCUGUUAUGUGCCAUAAGAAGGGAUGCAAACAAUCAAAUGUAUCAUGUUGCUUGGGCUGUGGUAAACAAGGAGAACAACGAAGAAUGGGACUGGUUCAUGGACUUGUUGAGCAGAGACCUACAAGUUGGAGAUGGAGAGGGUUGGUUGUUUAUAUCUGAUCAGCAAAAGGGUAUUCUCAAUGCUUUAGAGAAGUAGGCUCCACAGGCUGAGCACAGAAACUGUGCUAGGCACAUAUAUGUUAACUGGAAGAGGCACUUCAGUGAUAAGAAGUACCAGAAAAAAUUUUGGAAAUGUGCCAAGGCCCCUUGCAGGAUGCUUUUCAACUUGGCUAGGGCAAAACUGGCUCAGCUUACACCUCCAGGUGCACAGGCUAUCCUCAAUACACAUCCACAACACUGGAGCAGGGCUUGGUUUAAGGUAGGCUCAAACUGUGACUCUGUAGACAACAAUAUGUGUGAAUCAUUCAACAAAUGGAUCCUAGAAGCAAGAUUUUUUCCUAUUAUCACAAUGCUAGAAAUAAUUAGGAGGAAAGUGAUGGGUAGGAUCAGUGCACAAAUUAAAAACUCUGCUAGGUAGAACACUGCUAUUUGUCCUGGAAUCUUGAAAAAACUUAAUGUGUACAUUGCUGAGUCAGCCUUUUGCCAUGCCAUAUCAAAUGGAGCUGACAAAUUUGAAGUUAAGCAUAAUGAGAAUAGAUUCACUGUUCAGUUGAACAAAAAAGAAUGUUCAUGUGGAUACUGGCAGUUGGCUGGGUUGCCUUGCCCCCAUGCCAUAUCAUGCAUUUUCUUCAGGACAAACUCUUUAGAUGCAUACAUUGCUGAUUGCUACUCAGUUGCUGCAUUCAAGAAAACCUAUGAGCAUUGCCUAGAGCCAGUUGAGGGCAUGAGCAGCUGGCCUGAGGAUGAAAGGGUACCUCUCAAUGCUCCUGGAUAUAUCAAAAUGCCUGGUAGGCCUAAGACAGAGAGGAGAAGAGAGAGAGGUGAACCUCCUAAACCAACUAAGCUGUCAAAGAUGGGCACAGUCAUUAGGUGCAGGAAGUGCAAGCAAGUUGGUCACAACAGGACCUCUUGUGAUAAACAUCAUGCAGGAGCGACAUCAAACACAGCUCCUCAGCAAGGUAGCAAUCCAGGACACAAUUUGGUUCUAUCAAACACACCCCAAAGUUGUGUCCAGGGUAGGAAAAGGAAGGCUACUUCAACUGCCAACACAACUGCUGUUAGCAUGUCAAGGACACUGGCAACAAAGGAGAAGGUACCUAUGGAGUCCACCCAAGUUGUCAGGGUGAAUGCAAAGGCCAAGAUAUCAACACAGCAAGGUGGAUCAGCAACUCUCAACUUGCAAGCCAUGGUGCCACAAUCACAGGGAUCUUCAAGUGCAUCAAUUUAGAUAACAUCUGGGAAGGCUUAUGUUUCUGUCACUGCUGAAGAGCCACUGAGGAGGUCCAAGAAAACUGAUACUUCAGGUCCAUCCAAGAAGGCCAAAAAAUCAAGUGCUGGAGCACUCCUCGUUAUGCCACCAUGGAAAUCUGACAAACUUUGAGUCAGAUUCCUAUGUAUGUUGCUAUGCCAGACUAUGAAGGCUUAAUUAUCACCUGUGAUGUAAUGGAGCUGACAAUUAGGCUUAAUUAUGUGUGUUGAGCACCAGACUUAAAUGUUUAUGUGUGUGCUGUCAUGUAAUGCCAUACCAUAUGGCCUUUUGCUACAACUAUGUUUCAGUGCCAGACCUGAAUUGGCCUAUGUUCAAUUGUCUGAUUUAAUGGAGUCAUUUGUGCACCUGAGGU